AUGCCCAUACAACCAUUGCAAUCUAGCACUAAGACGACUCUCCUGGUGAACAACACUGCCUUAACGUAUUUGAUUCUUAACUCCAAUAUAAAACUUACUCAGAAUCAUAUAUACAAGAUACUAGGAUUGUGUUCUGAAAAUGCAUUUCACAUUGAAAUCUUUAAGCUGCUCAUCCAAUUAAUCAACUCAGCUGCAAAUUCAAUAUUCUGCUCCAUCAGAGCCCAUUCACUAUCACAAUAUCCUUUGACAAACAUACAGUACAUUAGCUAUAUGAUUGCAGAUGAGUUUCCAGAAAUAUUCUACGUUCCCAUUGCAAAAAAAGUUGAAUUCGAAAUUAACAAUGGUGUGUCAGUGUUAGUGGACAAGUGGUCCACUGAAACAGUCACCUUAACUGUUAACCGGUCAAAGUACAAUGAAAUGUGGAUCAUCACAUACUUGUUAAAAACAGAAUUUGAAAAAAUAAUUCAACAAAAAAAAAAGAAGUUUAAAUAA